AUGUUGCUCCACAAAUGGCUGUUGCUGCCGUUGGCUCUCAUGGAAUUCAUGUAUUUCCUGGGCAUCACAAUCAGUCACAUUGUCUUCAUGAUUGUGCUGAAGAAGCAGAUCAACCUGGGCCUACUCAUUGUGCUCACCUUGGUGGGCAGUUUCUAUUGUCUUUUUGCUGGCUAUAAUUGCGUGACGUGCAUUGCCCUGUUCCAAAUAAUAAAUCUGGUGCGAAGCAACAAAUAUCGUCAGCUCUACGGCGAGGAUCCGUUUAAUCCGCUGGUCAUGAGGCGUUCACGCGGCGAGGUGCAGCAGCUGCGCGUGCUGGGCACACCCGAGGACAUCGACAUCGAUGAGCAGAAGCGAUUGGCCAAGCUGGGCCUCUGGCCGCGACGUCAUCCGCAGGUAAUUUCCGUCAUUCCGAUGCAGACGCCGGCCGUCAAUCUGAAAUGGUGGCAGCAGCAGGCCCUCGACAGGGAUGAACAGCUCCACGAUUCGGCUGUCUAUCGAAACUGGCAGCGCGAUGAGCUGCUGCGGGGCGUGGGCGGCGAGGUGGAGCGCAAAAAUGAAUUGAAUCGACGCUACGCAGAGGUGCAACAUUUCCAAUGGCGCUAG